AUGGCUGGCUUUGAUACCGCUGUCUUACCAUUCGAUUAUAUUCAGAUCGGGAGCGAGAUCGGGAGCGAGAACGAGACCAACGAGAACGAGAACGGCUACGAGACAGAGAGAAGGAAAGAGAUAGUAGGGAUCACAGUUUCAGAGACAGGGAGAGAGAAAGAGAUCGAAUGGAUAGAGAGCGCGAGGAAAGAAUCGAUCGGGAUCGGGAACGAGACAGAGAGCGAGACCGGGAACGGGAACGGGAACGGCUCCGACCACGAGAGCGGGAACGAGAGAGGGAUUGGGACCGCGAGCCCGAUCGGGCCGAGACGUCACAGUCGGAGCCCACCGAGACUCGGCCCCCCUCCAGUCGACCUUCGCCGUCCACAUUCUCCCCCGCCUCCCCUCGGCCCGCCAAGUGGGUAUGUCUAUGACCGGAGGGAUAGUCGGGAUAGACGCAAUGCCCACGAGUACGAAUACGAGCGCAGCCGUGGGAUGUCGUUCAUGGAUCGACGUGACUUCGACAGAUACGAGCCACGUCGGGCUAGUCUACGCGACGAUGAUUACGACCGUCGAAGGAGAGAUGAGUGGCACAGCGCAGGCCGUCACUCUGCCGCGUCGCUCACCCACUCCGCCCCGGCACCGGCCUUCUCCAUCACCAGGGCGCAGGAUUUCUACACAGCAUCCACCGCCCCCGCCCCCACGCUUGCGCCCGCUCUCGUCUUCCCGAUCCCGUUCUCCGAUCAGUCAUCAGUUUUUACCUUCCUAUCCUCCUGGUCGCUCGCCUCGCCGACUUCGACCGUAUUCCCGUUCCCGCUCGCCGUCCCGCUCGCGUUCGCCCGUCAAACUACACUACCAUCCGCCCUCACCCCAAAUCGGCUCUUCAUCCCGAGCGAAACCUACCCAUUCCCCCUUUCCAUCACAAAAGCUCGAUCGCGAUCUUGUUCUCCGCCCCCUUCCCCAAAGCCUUCUCAAUCAGGCCCAGUCUUGCUGUCCAAAGCCGGCGCCAAGUCCUCAUCAACUGAAUUGAAUCCACCUCGAAAUCCUCCGACCCAGUCCAAUCCUGAUGCAGAAGCAGUGACAACCGAAACAGCCUUACCACCAUCUGCAACAGCAUCGGCUUCGAUUCAAGUCCAUCAAACUUCUCAACUGCAACUUACCGAAUCGGCCCUUGGGUUGACUGAUCAAUCCAACCAUCUCAUUUCCAUCGAGAAGAAUUCAUUGGUAGAUGAGGCUCAGCAUUGUCCGCCGUUAGGUAUCAAGCCGAGAGAAAGCAUCUCAAGCGCCCAGUGCACAUCUAUCUUGACGCCCAUCGACUCCGCGAGCGACUCUCGCAAGCCAGCUUUGGCAGACUUCAAAACAGAUUCGGCUGGCGCCAGCUCAGGCCCGGGUAAACCUCGCGCAAGUGUUGAUAUCGAUUCGGCCCCUCUCACAUCCGCAUCCGCCUUGACCGGGAGCAAUCAGCCUGCCCCUACCAGACCGGCAGAUGAUCAAUUAACAAAUGAUAGGCAUCACAAAAGGGCAAAAUUGGAAUCUUUCCCCCCGCCUCAAGAUCACCCAGCUGGUUCCACCCAAAGGAAAUCCAGCAAUCCUCAGACGGCUCGCGAGGAGCACAAAUCCAACAGAGCCGAAAGCUCAAGAUCCGGCGUCUCCAAAGACUCGAUUCCACCACCUCCUCAGAAGUACCACCCCAGUCCUGCUUCAUCUGCCCCGCGCAACUAUGACCAUUCCUACCACCGCAGCUCGUAUACCGGUUCCAGUUCACAACACAGCUCGCGGGGUAACCCAAGCAGUCCUGCCUCUUACCGAGCUCCCCUCGCUGGCACACCAGGUGGGUCACGCACUGCCCUCCCCGCUGGUCCGCGUUCUUGGUCCUCCUCAAAGAUGCCAGCUACUGCUAGCACGGUCCCUGGUAGCAGUGUUCCAAACAAUCCCUCGGCCAAAGAGUCCACCAAAUACUCUCAUCCUGACCCUCACGACGGGAGCUCUGUUCCAGACCGCGCCUCUACCCGGCAAGGUACUUCGCCAAAAGCUCACCUGAAUUCGCCGUUGCCACUACCCCCCAAGACACCGUCUGAUAAACAUACACCUUCACACACCAGAGGCACUUUGAUGAGUGGUCCGACUUUGAACACACCCGCCUCGGAGGUCCCGCCGCUCAACCUCAAUCCGCUGCUCCAGCCCGGCUCGACUACACCGAAAGGAUCACUCCCGGCGGGCAGUCUUUCGCCGACGGUCAACUUCAGCAAGUCGUCCGGGAUGAAUUCCCAGCUCGGCUCAUCAUCGCCCACUCCGAUCAGUGGCACCCAUGCCAAGACGACCAGUGGCGCCGGCCCGAGUGUCUCGUCUCUCCGGAACGAGCUCAAUGGCAGUGGAUCGACCGGUGGACAUCCCGCGAACGGCUUCCACAGCUCCGUCGGCUCGACCGGCUCGGCCUCUGCCCCCGGCCAACAGUUCCGGGUCAAUAACUACCCCAGCCCGAAGAACUUCGCCGGCUACCCCCCCACCCCCGGAUAUCCUCCCCCCAACAAUCCCCCCGCACUCGUCAGCCAAGGGCCCCCGCCUCCUCCGCCCGUAUUGGUCGAUAAAGACUUCGAACGCGCACAGCGAAUGGUCGAUGUUUGCCCGGGACUAGCCCAAGAAGUCGCGAAGCUCCGUUCGACCAGGAACUCGGGCAUGUUGGCCUCCCACCUCUCGAGCCAGUUCGCAACCCAGAAAGCACUCAUGGACUUGCAUUGGCAGGCCAGCGAACUCAAGACUCUGGCCGAGAGACGCAAGUUGGCCGAGAACCAGUUGGAGAAGUUGGGCGGCGGGAUCAGUCUGGGGAUGGGAUUUUAG